UUUGUUUUACCACGUGUUUCGAUUUGCACGUGGUCUGUAUUUUUGAAGCGUUUACCAUUAAGUUAAUGCGUUUAUUCCUGAAUAUUAUUAUUAUUACCGUCGUAUAUUACCGUAUAUUAUUAGCGUAUAUUACCGUCGUCGAUUGGAGAUGAACCAUCAGUCAUUUACGAUUGGUGCAACCAAACCACAAACCAUACAAUUUGAAUUAGAGGCUAACACUUAUGCAUGUGGGGACAGAUGGGCAUUGUCUCAGCCAUAUGGCUUCUAUGUAAUAGGGUACAUCAACAUUUUGACCUGGCUGUUGAGAGUGAUACUUUGCAUGGUCCAAAUGUAUGAUUUCAAGUGAACCCACUUUUCAUCAUGAAGGACUCAAAACUGGAAGGUGUUCUUCAGGUUUCAGAAGAUGCUCCCAUGGUUGUUACAACUGACAAUGGGGAGCUGCUCCUGCUGGCCGGGGACGGAUCGGGCGCCGAGCUGGCCGGAGACGGUGCCGAGAUCGUGGUGGUCGAGACGGACGACGGCCAGCAGCAGAUCCAGCUGGUGACCGAGGACGGCGGACGCGUGCUGGCGCUGCCGCCCGAGCUGGCCAGCCGGCUCAAGGAGAGCCUCUCCGACCUGGUGACCGAGUCCAGCGGCCUGCAGCAGCUGACUGCCGGCGCAGAGGACCGGGGUGAGGAGGGGGAACCGGAGGAGGAGGAUGAACAGUCGCAGGAAGAGGUGGAAGAAGAGAUGGAGGAGGUGAUAGAGGAAGCUGCCGAGGUGCCGGAGGAGGGUGUGGAAGUGGAGGACGGAGCGAUCGAGCUGCCCGAGGGAGCAGUGGUGCUGUCUGACGGAGCUGUCGAGCUACCGGAGGGGGCCGUGGUGUUGCCGGAGGGAGCUGUGGUGUUGGAGGCUGGGGGCGUGGAAGUGGCUGAAGAAGGCGCUGAGCUGCCGGAGGGGGCUGUCGUGCUGUCCGAUGGAACCGUGGAGCUCCCCGAAGGAGCUGUGGUUCUUGAGACGGCUGAUGAGCUGCCAGAGGGCUCUGUGGAACUCCAAAGCGGAGAGGAAGGAGCCGAUGGGCCGAAUGAGCAGGAAGAGAUCACAUUGCCUGAUAAGGUAGAGGAGGCUAGCUCUGGCGAUGAAGGUGAAGCAAAAGAGACGGCAGUUGAUGAAAACGGGUCAGCGUCUGCUGGAGAGGACACGGCAAAUGAUGAGCAAAGGGAAGAUGAUGGCAGUGGCAGAGAUGUUGACUUUAUGAAGGUGGAGGAACAGUCGGUGACCUCGGGCGAUGAACACGUUGAGGAAGAGCAUGUCAAAGAGGAUGUUGGAGAGUUCCUCGGGGAUCUUGGUUUCGCCGGGAGACCGAAGAUGGAAGAAUCGUCCAUACACAGUGCGGAGGAGACAAAUGAUGCUGAUCCUGAAUGGACGGAGUCUACUGUCACCAGUGCAUCAGGUGCGCAGGUGACGAUCCGUUUGCCGACGGUGGCGGUGCUGGAUGCGGCGUCCACUGCGUCCAGCUGUGACGGUGACGCGGCACCCGAGCAGCCCGGUCCCUCGAUCCGCCUCAUCCGUUUGUCGGAGAAUGGGCUCACUGAGGUGCCGGCGCAGACCCCCACCGCGGCGGAGAGGAGAGAGAGGUCGCGCGCCGAGGAGGAGGCCUGGGCGGUGCGCACACGGCGCCGCGCCUCGCGCGGCAUUGCACGCGCCGUGGCCGCCGUCCGACGCGCCGAGGACAGUGACAGCUUCGAGAGCGAGGAGGAGGAAGAACCUCCGCCGCCGCCGCCCGUGGAUAAAACGAAACGCGGCAGGGGCCGGCCGCGCAAGGCCGGCGGGUUCUCGUGUCAGCUGUGCCCGCGGCGGCUGCAGACUCAGCCGGAAUUCUUCCAACACCUGCGCGAUCACUAUGAGAAGCCGGACGGCGAGGGGGCGGAGGGUGUAUCUGCUGAAGGUGAAGGUGCUACUGAGGAGAGCUCAGAGCAGCUGGAACCGAUCGCAGAGGAAUCCGAGCACGAUGGUGCCGGCGAGCGGCCCGCGGUCAUAAACGUGGACAUCAUCGCGGCUGAGAGCGGCGCGUUUGAGUGUGACGAUUGCGACAUGAUAUUCUAUUCCGAGGACGAGCUGGAGAAACACAAAAAGACGCAUAUCGAGGUUAUGCCCACGCAACUGGAGGCGGACGAAUCUGAGCUGAUGGAACAGGGCGGCGAGGAGGGUGCCGUCUCGGCGGGCGAGGAGCACGCGGAACCCGUACCCGAGUCGACUCAGUCGGACGGCGAUGGAAAAUCGCCAGUUGUCGAGUUCGACCCGGCCGCCGCCGAGCAGUACGAAAUGAAGAACCUGAAGAAGUGUAACAGCUGCCCUAAGGUAUUCACCACGCUGGCAUCACUGCGAAACCACCGGCUGCGCAUGCACAACGAUGGCGAGCCCGUGUCGGUCACCAACGCUGCCAAACACGAGUACGAGUGUGCGGAAUGUCACGUGACCUACACGUCGUACAAAAUUCACCUGCGUCACAUGCGGCUUCACGAGGACAAGGCGGCGGGCCGGCUGUCGCACCGGUGCUCGACGUGUGGCGCCUCGUUCCUCACGGGUACGCUGUUGUCGCACCACGUGCAGAGGGAGCACCCGGAGCGGUGCCGGCGGCCAGCGGCCAGCAGACCGGCCGGCGUGCAGCCGCGGCCCAACGGCCGGCCGCCCGGCUCGGCCAACAAGGCGCGCCAGGCCGUCUAUGACCAGAUUCAGGAGACCGAGCACGGCACGUUCCGCUGCAUGAUCUGCUCAAUCGAGAGGAAGAGCAAGAACCAGAUGUUUUAUCACAUCAGCAUGAAACACAAAGCGUUGGAUGGCCACAAGUGUGAGACGUGUGGCAAGGCGUUCUUCACUGAUACGGCACGCAGGGUGCACGAGCGGACUCACACCGGCGAGCGGCCGUACGGCUGCGAUUUCUGCGCGCGCCGGUUCCGCCAGCAGGCAGAUCUCAACGCGCAUGUCAUGUCGAUACACACGCAGGAAAGGCCGUACCGAUGCCGCUUCUGUAGCAAGUCGUUCUCCCGCAAGUACUCGCUGACGGUCCAUAUGCGCUGUCACACCAACGAGCGCAACUACAAGUGUCACAUCUGCAACAAGGGCUUCCGGGCGUCCACCUAUCUGACGGGUCACAUGAAAAUACACUCUGGUGAAAGGUCGCAUGCCUGCCCGAUCUGCUACAAAACGUUCCGGAUGCGUUCGGACAUGAAGCGGCACAUCUUCACGCACUCUCGGGAGCGGCCGCAGCCGCGCUCUCUUCGCUCGCUGAAUGUGGAGAUGGCUGGCAAUGAGGAGGGCGGGGUGGUGCUGCUCGAUCCCUCCCAGCUCUGCCUCCAGCUGGUGUCUCAGGCGGAUGGUGACGCGAUGGUGAUCACUGAGGGUAACCAGACGAUGGUGCUGGACGGCUCGCAGACGGUUAUUGACGAACGGACCGGGCAGCUCAUGGUCCCCGAGUCGGCCAUCUCGGAGCUGGACGAGACGGCGAUGGCCUCCAUGUACCUGCUGGCCGACAGCCAGUCUGAAGCCAUGGAGCUCACAUAGCGCCUCCGGUAGCCCCGGCCCGGGUCCCGGCAUCAGCUGCUAGUCCUUCACCGUCAUCAAUUGAGGCGACACGGCGCGGUGAGCCCUCCGCCGCCACUGCCGUCGCUACUGCCGCUGCUGCUGCUGCUGUUGUUGCUGUUGCUGCAUGUUGAGCUGUUAUUUAUGAGGGACAUAUUUUUACGAAUACAUGAUUAUGGAAUGCCAAA